UUCGUAAAACAUCAUACAAGCUUUCUUUUUCCUUUAAAUCCUUCUAUUUUUGUUCGUUUGAUUUAAUACAAGGAAGCAUCUUGUAGAACAAUGGCUAUCCGUUUGCCCCGUAUUAUUCAAGCUAAGCAAAUUCUUAAGCGCUCUCUGUUGACAUCUAAUGCUGCCAUUUCAGCUUCUGUAGAUGUUCCAAGAGGCUAUUUAGCGGUUUACGUUGGAGAAAGCAAAAAGAAACGAUUUGUGAUUCCCGUUGCUUACUUGAAUGAGCCUGAAUUCCAAGAAUUACUAACCCAAGCUGAGGAAGAAUUUGGUUUUGAUCAUCCGAUGGGGGGUUUGACAAUCCCCUGCAGAGAAGACAUUUUCAUUGAUCUCACUUCUCGCCUGGGUAGAAAUAUGAGUUAGCCGAGACGGCACGCGGUAUUAAACAAUACUAGUUGUUAGCUGGUAUAGCAAAACACAAUUUUUGCACUGUAGAGCAAGCAGAUUGUUUUGUACAGUUGCCUUUGAAUCAGAGUUGUGAAACUCUUUUACUCAAAAGGUACCAUUUCAACAGGAUUUGACUUUCCAAA